AUGGGGUGUUCUGUUAGUAUACCGUGUGACUGUAAAAUUAUUACAUCAAAAUUUAGAAAAAAAAAUGUAAAUACAAAAAAAAGUGGUAUAAAUAAUGGUGGUGUUGAAGAAUCAGAAAAUGAUAGUAUAAAUAAUGAUAAAUUGGAUGAAUGUUUAGCAACACCACCAGAAGUAAAAAUUGAAAUAGGUAAUGGUAUUAGAAAAGAUGCUACUGAACAUCAAAGUAUAAUUGUUAUUUUUGGUGGACCAGGUAGUUUAAAAGGUCUAAUAACACAAGAAUUAGGAACUGAAUUUGAAUUUACUACUAUAAAUGUUGAAGAUAUUAUUUUUAAUUAUUUACCAAAUAAAGUUGCAAAUACAGUUAAUUCAAUUGUUGAAAUUCAACAAUUAUUAAAACGUGAUAAAGGAAUAAUUACGUUAGAUUGGGUUUUUAGUAUGAUAUCAACAAAAUUAGCCACUUCAACAUCUCAAAGAUUUUUAAUUGAUAUUGUUCCUGAACUUUCAAUAAUUUUAAAAACAGAUGCAUAUAAAAAUGCAGAUGUUGAAGCAACAUUAAAAAAUUUUGAAAGAAGGCAUUCUAUAAUGUUUGUUUUAAAUAUUGAAAUAGAAAAUGAACAUAUAUUAUUAGAUGGUAAAAAAACACAAAAAAAAAGUGAUGGAAUUGAUAAUAAAGACUUAUCACCAGAAUUAAGUGCAUUUUUGAAAGGAGUUGAUGAGGCAGAUAAAGGUUUAUUAGAAAAAAGAAUAGAUGCAUUUCAUAAAAAUUCAAAACCAUUUGUUGAAUAUUUUCGUAAGACUAAACGUGUUAUUGAUAUUGAUAUCAAAAUUCCUUAUAAUCCAAAUGUUGUACCAAAAGUUAAACAAAUUAUUUCUGAUUUUGGUUUAGCUAAUGAUACUGAUCAAUCAGGAAAAAUUGUUUUAUUUAUGAGAGAUGAAAAUCAAUUUAUGAAUAUUGACGUAGAUUAUUAUAAAUUAAAAAAAAUACGACUUUCAGAAGUCUGUCCAGAUAAAAAUGGAACACUAAGUGCCCAAAUUAGAAGUGUUAAAAGAUACAUUUUAAAUUCAGGAUUAGUUAAUGAAAAUUAUCUUGUUAUUCUAGAUAACAUGAAUAAUACCGAUUAUGCCUUAACUAAACGUGUUAAUUUUUUUGAACAAAAAACAACAUAUUUGGAUUAUUUUAUUCAAAAUAGAAAAAGUGGAUCAAGACCAAAAAGAAGAAAUAAAUUACCAUUAAGAUGUUUAUCAAGUCCAAAUGGUGAAAUAUGUUUAUUUCCAUUAAAUUUUUCACAAAAAAUAUGUAAAAAAAUAACACUAAUAUUUAGUGAAAAAUUAAGUAAAGCUGAGGAUAAUGAAAUAAUUGGUAGUGGUGAAUCAAGUCCUAGUGUUUAUGAUUCAUCAUCAACAAAUUUAAACAAACCUAGAAAAGAUAAAAAUUUAAAUACAAAUAAUACAAUUAAUGGGUCACAAUUUUUACGUGUACCAAUACAUCAAGGAAUCUAUUCUGCUAAUGGAAGGCAAAGAAGGAGAAUAUCAAACACCAUUAGUAUGAGUUUAGAUAAACAGGAUGAACAUUAA